UAUAUAUAUAAUUUUUUUCCAUUGUUAUUAUGAUUAGUAUAUAACAUUUACCAUUACUAUAGAGUAAACUAAGGAAAAUCCAUAAUAGAGAAGGUCGCGGUAUUAUUCAUUUCGCGGCUGGAUGCUUCUGCAUUUACGUCAAUUUAUAUCUCUAUGACAGAGUGUGAAAAAAUUAAGUAUUAACCUGUACACGUUUUAUUUUCAAAAUUAACUCGACUGGAACAUUGUCUAUUCAUUUUUCAUAUAAAUAAUGUUAAUAAAAAAAAGUAUAAUAAUAAUAAUAAAAAUGAAUGACCGCUUGAGGAUGUAUAAAACUCCGAGUUCUCUCAUUUAAAUUUUAUUUAGUGUUGUGACAUCAUUGAUACUAGUUCUGUUAUUAAAACUAUCAUAUAUUUUAUAAAUGAAAAUAAGCAUCACUAUAAUUUUUGCUUAUUAUGAAAAAUGAUUAAACUAAGUAGAAUUUGCUCUGGUAAAUUGGCAUUGUUAACCGCAGUGGUUUGUUCAUUUGCUCAAACUCCAUCCAUUAAUGAUGGAAUUGUUUUUAGUGGAACAACAAGAGUGACGACGACUACUACUACUACUACUAAUACCGCACGACCUAAUUCAAAUUGUAUUUGUGUCUCCCAAGGUACGUGUUUGUCACCAUCAGCCACUACUGCAGUUCCUUCAAUAGAUAUACGGAUUGUCAAUCAGGGUCAACAAUCGUGUCCUUCAGGUCAAGUAUUGUGCUGCGGUGCAUCAGGAAGUUUCACAAGUUCAUGUGGCACCCGAAAAAUCACAAAUUCCCCAGCUCAAGGUCAAGGAAUAGCCAAAUAUGGAGAAUAUCCUUGGCAAGUUGCUAUUUUAAAACCAAACAAUGAGUACAUUGGUUCUGGAGUUCUCAUUACAUCUACACAUAUUUUGACAGCAGCUCACAAAGUUUCAUCAUAUUCUAAUCUGCAAUUCAAAGUUCGACUUGGAGAUUGGAAUGGUAUAGUAGACAGCGAGCCUUAUCCAUAUCAAGAGUAUUACCCUCUUACUGUAAAAAUUCAUGAAAAUUUCAAUCCAAGCACUCUUUACAAUGACAUCGCUGUGAUUAAAAUUAAUGGAGAUGUGCCACUAGCAUCAAGUCCACACAUCAACACAGCAUGUUUACCAACGGCACUCCCACCUGUUGGGACACAGUGUUGGGUUACUGGAUGGGGAAAAAAUGCUUUUGGACCCACUGGAAGUUAUCAAAGUAUUUUGAGAGAAGUUCAAGUCCCGAUUAUUGAUCAAUCGGUUUGCGAAAAUCAGCUUCGUAACACGAGGCUAGGUGGAUUAUUUUAUUUGGAUAGAAUGAGUUUUAUGUGUGCCGGUGGAGAACCUGGAAAAGACGCUUGUACGGGGGAUGGUGGUGCACCAUUGGUAUGUUUAUCCAGCACGCAACAAUGGAGUGUAAUUGGCUUGGUUAGUUGGGGUAUUGGAUGUGCGCAAAAUAUUCCAGGAGUUUAUGUUAAUGUCGUUAAUUACUUACCGUGGAUUUAUCAAAAUAUAAGUUAGGAUUAUGUAGAUUUUUAUAAAUAAAAAAUGUCCAUCGAGAUUUAAAAUGAAAAAAUAAAGUUUUCAAUCUAAACUUGUAGGUAUGCAAAAAUUUUUUGAACAUCUAUCAAUUAUCAAAAAUCUUGGACAACACUGAAAAAAAAAUUUCUUUUGAAAAAAAUAAACGAUCUUAUAAUAAAACUUUUAAUUUCAUAA